AGCCGCGGUGACCCGGAGAGGGUGAAGCGGGAGCCGGCGGCCGCGGCGCCGAGCGGAGCGGAGCUAAGGGAGCGCGCGCCGGGCAUGGAGGACGGCGUGGCCGGGCCGCGGCUCGGAGAGGUGGCGGAGGCGGUGGAGGCGCGGGCGCCCCGCAGGGUGACUCUGCGGCCCUUCGCGCCCUUCUCUGCGGCUGCCGAGGGGGACGGGGGCGGCGGCGACUGGAGCUUCAUCGACUGCGAGAUGGAGGAGGUGGAUCUGCAGGACCUGCCGAGCGCCACCAUCGCCUGCCACCUGGACCCGCGCGUGUUCGUGGACGGCCUAUGCCGGGCCAAAUUUGAAUCCCUCUUCAGGACUUAUGACAAGGACACCACCUUCCAGUAUUUUAAGAGCUUCAAACGUGUCCGAAUAAACUUCAGCAACCCCUUAUCUGCGGCCGAUGCCAGGCUGCGGCUGCAUAAGACCGAGUUCCUGGGGAAGGAAAUGAAGUUGUAUUUUGCCCAGACUUUACACAUAGGAAGUUCACACCUGGCUCCGCCCAAUCCAGACAAACAGUUCCUCAUCUCCCCACCGGCCUCUCCUCCCGUCGGCUGGAAACAAGUAGAAGAUGCCACCCCGGUCAUAAAUUAUGAUCUUUUAUAUGCCAUCUCCAAGCUGGGGCCAGGAGAGAAGUAUGAGCUGCAUGCAGCGACAGACACCACUCCCAGUGUGGUGGUCCACGUGUGCGAGAGUGACCAAGAGAAUGAAGAGGAAGAGGAAGAGAUGGAGAGGAUGAAGAGACCCAAGCCAAAAAUCAUCCAGACGCGGAGGCCAGAGUACACACCUAUCCACCUCAGCUGAACCGGCACAGACCGAGACAGCGCGUUCUGAAUCCCAAUGUGGGAAGGAAUCUUUACUGUGCAGGUGGCUGGUCAUGGCUUUGGAGGCGACAGCCGUGACCACUGUGGCAGAAAUUCCAGUUCAUGUUGCUCAGAAGAGAGUCAAGGCCUCCUCUCCUUGUUCUGAUGCUGCCCCUCAGUCCAUGUCCACAGCAUCUGGGACUGUCUUGGGCCAUUCACUGAAUGUGUGGCAAUCACACAAGGACACUGGGGACAUCCUGAGAAAACUGAUAGUUUUUGUAAUUGCUCUUUUCUAGGCUCUGUUUUUGGCAAAGACAGGUUGACUGGUGGCCCAGGGAGAGAUUUCUGUUUCCAACCAGAGUUCAGGGUGCAGCGCCCCCACUGGUAGGCAGAGGCACACACCCCCAAAGCCACCAAGUGUCCAGUGCAGAAAGGUUGUGGGACAACCCCUGCACCGUGUAGAAUUGUCCUUCUUGUUCCUUCCCCAUGGUCUGACGUUCAUGCAUGUGUAUUACUGGGUUCCAAGACCAGCCUUUGGUCACAUAGGAAAUUACUCUGUUUUCCAUCUUGGGAAGCCAGGAAAGUUCUGGAACACUCUUACCAUGCGUCCUGGUAGUCUCUGCGCAUGGGGUCGAGGCUGGAGACGUUCACACGUCACCCUGCCUGGUGCACCGCCUCACUUGUGCUUCCCUGCAAAAGAAGUUGAUCUUGAGUCCCCGAGUAGAACUUAGCUUAACCUGUGGGAGAGCAGCGGGAUUGCCGUCUGUCUCGGGUGGGAAGGGUUGGUUGGUUUGGGUGUUUGUGUUCAGCACUGGUCUCCAUUGUCCUUCAUGUAGUGGUUUGUGUGUGAAUUUCAGCCCGAACCCGCUUUGGGAACUGUUGGUCGAGACAGUUUUUCACCCCCAUUGAAACAUGAAGAUAAACUUGUAAAUAAAGCCAAGAGCAUAUCUUAGUACCUGUCUGUACCUGGGUGGAAGUAGAGCAGAGGGAGUGUAAAGCUGCCUGCAACUUGUGCGUGGUAGAAGUUACUGUCAUGGGUUUAAUGGGGUGAAUCAGCAUGUGGAGUACGUUGUAGCCGUGUGUUCCUAGAGGACGACUUGUACGUGGUAGAAGUUACUGUCAUAGGUUUAAUGGGGUGAAUCAGAGCAUGUGGAGUACGUCGUAGCCGUGUGUUCCUAGAGGGACAUAGUGCCUUUCCCCUUUCAUUCAGAUGACCACGACACUCAGUGAACAUUUGAGAAUUUCUGCUUUUCUAGUCAUCGUGUGUGUAUCUGGUAAAUAGGUAUUCUAUUUUGGUCUUACAAUGCCAUUACAAAGUUUGUCACUCUGAAUAACCUAAUGCCAAUUAACAGUGCAUGCUUUGGGAACUCGGAAGGUGGUUUCCCCUGGGGAGCAAGUGGGUUGCUGUUCUCCAAACCCUGUUUCCAGUGCUCGGUGGGAGGGAGCCCAAAGGUGGGAGGCCAUCCCAUUGCUGCCGCCGGCCCAGUGUUUCUAGUUCUGCACUUUGAACCGGAGAGGCUAACCUCAAAGAUAUUUUUUUUAACUGCAUUCUAUAAUAAAUCAGCACAAUAUGCUCUUCUGGA